CCUAACCAUCUCCUAAAAAGUGGUCUGCAAACUUCUAUAGUGAAGUCACUAGACUAGAGUUGGAUUUAUUAUCUUUUUGUAGAAUGAAGUAUAAUGUUUACAGUUUAACCUAAUCAAAAGAUGGGAACAGCACUGAAGCUUGGCCAUGUGUGUCAGUAUGCUAGAUGUACAGGAAGACGAUUACUGAGCUCUACCCAAGGGACAACUGCCCUACCCUAUGAUGUAAUAGUUGUUGGUGGGGGCCAUGCAGGAACAGAAGCAGCAUGUGCAGCAGCUAGAAUGGGAGUGCAGACUUUACUAGUUACACAUAAGUUUGAAACCAUAGGUGAAAUGUCUUGUAACCCAUCAUUUGGAGGAAUAGGUAAAGGUCAUCUGAUGAAGGAAAUAGAUGCCUUGGAUGGAGUUUGUGCCAGGAUCUGUGAUAAAUCAGGAAUACAAUAUAGAAUACUGAACAAAAAGAAGGGACCUGCUGUAUGGGGACCUAGAGCACAGAUAGAUAGAAUGCUAUACAAGAAACAUAUACAAGAAGAGGUGAAGAGUACAGCAAACCUUGCUAUAGAAGUAUCACCAGUUGAAGAUCUCAUUUUGAAAACAACAACACAUCCUAGUCAUGAUCUAAUGAAGCAGGAAUGUUGUGGUGUAAAGCUUGGUGAUGGUAAAGAAAUAUAUGGCAAAACUGUAAUUCUAACAGCUGGCACAUUUUUGAGAGGCAGUAUAAAUAUUGGUUUAGAUGUCAUCCCAGCUGGCCGACUAGGAGAUCAGCCUGCCAUUGGUCUGGCUAAAAGUAUUGAAAAUGCAGGAUUUACAAUGGGUAGACUUAAAACAGGUACACCACCAAGACUAGAUGGUAAGACAAUUGAUUUCUCCAAAACAGAAAUAAAGUAUGGCGAUGAUCCUCCAGAACCAUUCUCCUUUAUUAAUGAUCAAGUAUGGAUAAAGGCUAGCGAUCAGGUGAUAUGUCACAUGACAAGAACCAAUGAAAAAGUAGAUAAAAUAUGUAUGGAGACUUUACAUCUAAACAGACAUGUACACGAGGAAGUAAAUGGUCCAAGGUUUUGUCCAUCAUUAGAAUCUAAGGUAUUGAGAUUUAAAGGAAGAACCCAUCAAAUAUGGCUGGAACCAGAAGGUUUAAGCAGUGAUGUUAUAUACCCUAAUGGUAUAUCAUGUACCAUGCCGGAGGAACAUCAGGUCAGACUUGUACAGAGUAUUGUAGGACUGGAAAAUACUCAAAUUGUCAAACCAGGUUAUGGAGUAGAGUAUGAUUACAUGGAUCCACGACAGUUACGACCUACUUUAGAAACAUUACGCAUACAGAAUAUGUAUUUUGCUGGUCAGAUCAAUGGUACAACAGGUUAUGAGGAAGCUGCUGCUCAGGGAUUAAUAGCUGGGAUAAAUGCUGCUUUAAAAGUACAAAACAAACCUCCCAUGAUUGUGGACAGGACUGAGGGAUAUAUUGGAGUAUUGAUAGACGAUCUGACUACCCAGGGUACCAAUGAACCAUAUAGAAUGUUUACAAGUCGAUCAGAAUUCAGACUGGCUCUAAGACCUGAUAAUGCUGAUAGGAGGCUUACAGAAAAAGGUUAUAAAGCUGGUUGUGUAAGCCACUAUAGAUAUAACAGAUCUAAACAUCUAGAACGAGAACUGGUGGAGAAUGUAGAAUUAUUAAAAUCUAUUGUCAAACCAGUUACAAAAUGGAGAAUAAUCCUGAAAAGAGAAAACAACAGUAAUGUUAACCUGAGAAGUGCAUUUGAUUUGUUGUUAAAUCAGUAUACCAUGGCAGACUUUGUUGAACAUUGUCCGGAGGAGUUUGGUCACCUUGAGAAUAACAAAUAUCUACAAAGGAAACUUGAGAUUGAAGCUAAAUAUGCUAAUGAGAUGGAAUCACAAAUGGAAGAAAUAAAUGAAGUCAGAAAAGAUGAACAGCUUGUAUUACCAGAUAGUUUAGACUAUAUGAGCAUGAAUGACAUAUCAACUGAUGCUAGAGUGAAAUUAACUGAAGUGAGACCUCUAACUAUAGCAGCAGCCAGUCGUAUCCCUGGAAUGACUCCAGCAGCCCUUGUACAGCUACUAAAAUAUGUCAAGAUGAUGCAGACUUCCAACUUAUUAAACAGAUAAUAGAACUUGAUACUGACAACUUUUUGUAGCAAUCAAGUCUACUUUCAUUUUGUUUCAUGGUUUAUUUAAAGACAAUUUUAUGAUAUAAACUGUCAAUAUAUUGCAAAUAAAAUUAUUUUAAUGCAA